AUGAGUACUAAAAUUACAACAAAAGAUUCUUCUUUAAUCUUAAAUUCUUUACCAAACAACUCUUUGUCAACUAUUUCGACUAUCCAAAAUAACAAUAAUAAUAAUAGUAAUAAUAACAACAUUGAUAAUAUUAUUACCAACAAUCAUCAAAAAACUAUUAAUAACUCUAAUAAUAAAAACUUGAAAUCAACUUCAACUCUUUCCUUUAUUAAAGCAAACUCUUCUAACAUUAAAAAAAAUAACUUUGAUUUAAAAGAUGUAUUACAAGAUGAAACUUCUUAUGAAAUCUAUAAAAUGUACUCAAGUGCAAGACAUAAAUUACCUGAUGCAACAAGAGUAACCAAUCUAGCUUGGAGAAUUAAUUCUCUAAAAUACUCAAAAUCUUUAAAAUUCUUCAAUAAAUUUAACUAUAACUAUCUAAAUAAUACCAAUACUAAUACUAAUACUAAUACUCCCACUAUUUCCACUACUACUAAUACUAAUACUAAUACAAAUUCAAAUUUUAAUAAUACAAAUCCUUUAAUCAAUAAAAGAAAAAUACUUAAACCAAUUUCAAGAAAAAAUAGCACUUUACAAUCAAAAUUUAAUUACAAUUUCAAUAAUCCCAACCCCAAUAACAUCAACUCAAUUAAUAUCCCCAUCCAAAAUGACCUUGAAAAAGAUCAAGACCAAGUAAUAGAUGAUUUCGAUUAUGUAGCCCACAUUAAAAAGAUCUCUCAAGAAGAGAAAAACUACCCAAUACUAAACAGUAAAAAAAGCAUAUCCCUAUCUUCUUCAACUACUCCAACUGAUUUAAACAACACUCCCACUCAUUACUCUCCCGAAUCUGCCUCUUUAACUUCAAACACAACCUCAAUCUUCUCCUUAAAGACAACAACUCUUCCAAAUAACCAAUCAAAUAUUAAAUUUAAUCACAUCAAUAACACUAUUAACAACAACAGCAACAAUCUUAACAAUGAUGCCAACACGAACGCCAACUCAAACUCGAAAAGCACUAACGAUGUUAUCACAAAUACUAAUUCACUAUCCCCUUCUACAAUAACAAACAAUAUUAACAAUCAAAAAAUUACUAAUAAAAAUAGUUUUGAUAAUCAUACUCUAAAAUCUCAUUCUUUUAACCAAACAAACGAUCUUGAUCUUGAUAACUAUGAUCAAUUUCAAUUUGAUUUUCCCUUUGAUAAUAACAAUAGCAAUAAAAGCUCAAAUAACCCAUCUAAAAACAACACUGAUGAAUAUAAUUCUAAUUUCGAAAAUUUAUUAGAUUUUUCCUCUUAUUUUGCUGAUAACGAUAUUAAUAAUGCUAUUAGUAAUUUCAAUGAAAACAAUAAUAAUCUCAAUAGUAAAAACAUCUCAAAAAUUAAUGAAAUCAACGAAAUUAACGAAAUUAACGACGUUACAAGCUUCUUGGAUUUCCCUGAUAAUAACGAUCCAGAUAACAAUUUUCUCAAUAACCAAAAUAAUAUUAAAAUUAAUAAUAACAUUGCAAAUAAAAAACAUAAAGCUGAUUCAUUUUUAGAUGUCGAUGAAACUGUUAAAUCUUCAAUAUCAAACUAUAUCAAUUCGCUAGAAUUGUCUGCUGUUCAAUCUGAUAAUAACUCAAAUAAUGAUUCCAACUCCGGCUCCAAUCCUAAAAUUAAUAACAACAAUAAUAAUAUCAAUACUGGAAAAAAUUUCAAACUUAAAAAGGAAAAUAUCAUCAACCAUAGUCCAGUUCUUGGAAUUCCAACAAUAGCUAGAUCAAAUUCAAAGGUUUUUAAUCACUCUUCUGCCUCUUCGGUAAUUUCAAACGACUCAUCUUCUUCUAAACAAGUUUGUUGUGCAAAUUGCCAAACUAAAACAACUCCAUUAUGGAGAAAAACUGCUGAUGGAAAAUUAUUAUGUAAUGCUUGUGACCAUUAA